GCUUGUUUUUGAUCAAUAUUAUUGAGGAAGAUCAACAAUGUUUACAAAAAAGUGUUUUGUCUAUUUUAUAACAUUUUAAAGCAAAAUUAAUUAAUUUAACAGUCUUAAGAACAUGCUUCUAUGAAAAACUAGUCCUAUAAACCAUUUUGUUUUUGAAAACAGUGUUGAACAGUGGACUACAAUCUGAACUCCGAAUUUGAUGGUGAUCGUAUAUUGUUAUGUAUAUAUAAAUACAAAAUGAGUGAACAAAAGAAGAAUAUUAACUGCCGAAUAUGUUUACGGUGCGAUUUAAACAAAGAACAUAAAACAUUCUCAUUGUUCGAGAAGUACAAUCAUUCCAUAAUAUCAGACAAAAUUAAGUAUAUAGCCAACAUUGAAAUUAAACCGAACGAUGGUUUGCCAGCAACAGUAUGUCUUGACUGCCUACUACAGCUCGAGACUGCGAUUAUCGUCAAACAGAAAUGUGAGGCAUCUGACAAAAUUCUACAGUCCGUUGUACAGAAACCUUCUAAACUAUGUAAAGUGCCUAUCAAACUUCCGUUUAAAAAGGAAGUUCAUACAGAUAAUACAAAUAAAAUGAGCAAUAAAACAACAUCAUGUCCUGAACAUAAGGAUAAUGGUCAACACUUGAACAGUAAACAAGAUCAACAGGUGGCACUGAAAAAUAGUCUUAAACCAAACAAACUUAAAGUUGAAAAAUCUGACAGCAAAAUAGAAAAGUCCUCACAGAUAAAAAAAGAAACAAUUAUAACAAAACCUGAACCAGAAUUUGUAAAAGUCGAGAUUCCUAAUCAAUUAACUGUAAUACCUCUAAUUGAAAACAAUGAAUCUGUGAAUGGAAUAGAACAACUAGAUGAUGGCAUAGUAUCUGAACAUGAAGAACUCAUACCUGAGUCAAUAGGACAAGUAGAAACAGAAGAUGUACUCAACAAAACAAAUGCGGUUGAUUCUAAGACCAAAAUAGGAGAAAAGAAAAGUAGAGCCAUAGAUUUACAGCUAAAAUGUGAUGACUGCGGUGAAACUUUCAGAACUAAAUGUAAACUCAGUGUCCAUUGGAAGAAGGAUCAUCUACAUGAAAAGUUAAUAUGCUCCAAGUGCAAACGAACUUUUAAAACAUUUAAAGCUCUCAAUGUUCACAUUAAAAAUAUGACCCGAAGCUGUUAUGCUGCUACCCUAGUCCGUAUUGAAGGUCUGGGGAAGGACAGGGUGUUUCACUGUAAAGAUUGCAACUAUCACACUAAAAACAUCAAAGAUAUAGAUGCUCAUUUGGUUACGCACAAUGGGAUUCGGCGGUAUCAAUGCAAAGAUUGUUUGAAAAGUUUCACACAACACAGUUCACUACAAGGGCAUAGGGAAGCGCAUCACAAAGAUUAUAAAAAAGUAGGCACUUGCCAGUACUGUGGGAAACACAUAAAGGGCCGCAACAAGUUAUACAAACACUUAGUAAACCAUGAAUCAAAGUCUGUACAAUGUGAGGUUUGUAAGAAAAUAUUGAAAAACCGUAACAAUUUGAGGAACCAUAUGAAAAGACAUAGCGGUGUUAGAAGUUAUACAUGUACAAGUUGUCCGGCUAGCUUUUUCACUAUGGCAGAACUUUGUAACCACCGUAACAGGGUCCAUUGUAAAGCUAAAACAUUUAAAUGUAAUCUAUGUGGGUAUUUGACAACGACAGCGAGAUUGUUGAAAACACACAUAUCUCGGCAUACAGCUACUAAUGUUGUAUGUUUCAUGUGCGGUAUGUUCGUUGACAAUGAAGAGAAGUUGGCUCUCCACCAGAAGAGACAUAUGGAACAAAAUUUUGUUUGCCGCCAUUGCGAUAAAGGCUUCUUCCUUAGAGAAUCACUAAGAAGGCAUUUAGCCAAGAUACAUGAUGAUUUAUCACCAGACUCCAUAGAACAAUCAAAACCUGUAAAUGUGAAACAGGAGUGUCCUGUAGAAAAUAAGUUAAAUACCUAGUUAAAGUUAAUAUUUCUCCAAUUUUAUUGUAAAUGUUGUGUCAAAUUAAUGUAUUAGUUUUUUCUUCUGUGAAGAGUUAUCUAUAAGUACAUAACUUUUUUAAUUCGAUCCAAUAAUAAUUGAUUUAUAGAUAGAUUAUUUUAUUAACUUGAGACCAGUUGCGCUCAGUUUACUGAAUAGAAUUAAAUAUCUGAUCUGAAUAUAGAAAUAUAUCUAUUUAUUAGGUAACAAUUUAUAUAGAGAUAAGUAUUUAAAAUUAGGCAAUAAUAUAGCUUGCAAUAUUUUUACAUAAUUUACAUUGUUUCUUCUUAGGAAAUGUGCAAUAUAAAACAGUUUAAACCGAU